AGCUGCAGGAAACACAUGGCUUGUGGCUCUCCGCGUGUGACUGGCACAGAGACCCUGACGGGUUAAAGAUAAACAUGGCGACGGCCGGUGUGCAGUUUAAAACCAACUAUGCUGUAACCCGAAAAAUUGAUGCUUUUUACAAAGGAGGAAAAAUCCAGGUCAAUAAAGAUGGAACCUAUUUGUUUUGCAUCUGUGGAAAUAAACUUAACAUCCUGGACAUUGCGACUGGAGCUGUUAGUUACACGAUCGAACAGGACGACCAAGAAGACAUCACAUCAUUUGCACUAAGUCCAGAUGAUGAGAUUCUGGUAACCGGCAGCCGUGCCCUUUUACUGAAGCAGUGGGAAUGGAAAGACGGCAAGUGUUCCCGUACGUGGAAAGCCAUCCACACGGCCCCAGUAGCCAGCAUGACCUUUGAUUCGACAUCCACACUGCUGGCCACAGGAGGCUGCGACAGCACAAUUAAGAUCUGGGACGUCAUCAAGCAGUACUGUACGCACAACUUGAAAGGAUCCGCGGGGGUAGUGCAUCUGGUCCAGUUUCACCCGGACAUGUCUCGGCUUCAGCUCUUCUCAUCCUCCAUGGAUUAUAAGAUACGGAUUUGGGACCUAAAAUCCAGCAAGUGCUUGAGCAUCCUGGAAACACAUUUCAGUGCGGUUACCUCCCUCUGCUUUUCACCCGAUGGAGACACUAUGAUCAGUUCAGGUCGUGAUAAAAUUUGUGCUGUAUGGGAUCUGAAUACCAAAAGCACGAAGAGGACCGUGCCAGUGUACGAGAGCGUUGAGGCUGUUGUCCUUCUCCCUAACACUCCUGGCAUAAUAGGAGGAGAAACGAGUACAGAGUCGGUCCUUUUCCUUACGGCUGGCAGUAAAGGUAUACUAAGGGUGUGGAAUGCCUCCUCGGCAAAGUGUGUGCACAGUCAGACGUUGCCUCAUUCCACAACCAAAGUCUCGGACGAAGAGGCCAACGAACACAGCCUGACGCAUUGUCUUCUCCUCCCUGAUCAGCGGCAAGUCAUCACAGUUACCGUUGAACACAACAUCCAGAUGUACGAUCUUCAGAAUUUAGAGCUGAAAAAGCAGUUUGUAGGCUACAACGACGAGGUCCUGGACGUGAAAUUCUUGGGUCCUUCUGAUUCUCACAUAGUGCUGGCUACCAACAGCCCCCAAAUAAAAGUGUUUGAGCUGGCAACGUCUAACUGCCAGAUACUGCAUGGGCACACAGAGACUGUUCUCGCCCUGGACAUUUUUAAGAAAGCCCUCGUGUUUGCUAGCUGCUCCAAGGACAGGACCGUUAGAAUUUGGCAAAUGGAUAAGGUGACCGGAACGGUGUCAUGUGUGGCACAGGGCAGUGGUCACACAAACGGAGUGGGUGCAAUCUCAUGUUCCAGGUUGAAGCAGUCCUUCAUAGUAAGUGGCAGUCAAGAUUUCACUAUGAAGCUGUGGAAACUCCCAGAAUCCAUUUCGUCUAAGAAAACGGAUGCCGAUCUCUCUGGGUCUGAAGUGUUGCAUGCCAGUUUUACUGAGAAAGCUCAUGACAAGGACAUUAACAGCAUUGCGAUAUCACCAAAUGACAAGCUGGUAGCUUCAGGAUCUCAGGACCGGACCGCCAAGCUGUGGUCAGCCGCUGACUUCUCCCUCCUGGGUGUCUUCAAAGGACACAAGAGAGGUAUCUGGUGUGUGCAGUUUUCACCUGCUGACCAAGUUCUGGCCACGUCAUCAGCAGACGGAUCCCUUAAACUGUGGGGCCUCCAGGAUUUUAGCUGUUUGAAGACAUUUGAGGGCCACGAUGCAUCUGUACUGAAGGUGAUAUUUGUGAGCCGUGGCACCCAGUUACUCACAAGUGGCUCCGAUGGUCUGCUAAAACUCUGGACGAUAAAAACCAAUGAGUGCGUUAAGACUUUGGACGCACAUGAGGAUAAGGUAUGGGGCCUGCACAGCAACCGGCAAGAUGAUACCAUAGUAACUGGGUCUGCAGACUCUGUUAUUAUGCUGUGGAAGGAUGUCACAGAAAUCGAGCUGGCUGAGGAGCAGACUAAGCAGGAGGAAGAGAUCCUGAAGGAGCAAGAACUUUCAAAUCUUCUACAUGAGAAGAGAUUUCUGAAAGCCCUCGGGCUUGCCAUCUCCUUAGAUAAACCGCACACAGUACUUACAGUCAUAAAAGCUGUCUUACGUGAGCCACAAGGGAAAGACGACCUGGAAAACACCAUUUUGAGAUUGCGCCAAGAUCAGAGAGAGUCCAUUCUCAAGUACUGCUGCGUGUGGAACACAAACUCUCGCAACUGUCAUGAGGCUCAGUCAGUGCUGAAUGUCCUUCUAACCCACGAGUCACCGGAUGUACUCCUGCAGUACAGCGGCAUUCGAGGCAACGUUGAAUCCCUCAUACCCUACACUGAGCGACACCUGCAGAGAAUGGGACGGUUACUACAAUCCUCCAUGUUUGUGGAUUUCAUGUGGCAACACAUGAGACUGAAAGACUUACCAGAGCACGAAGAAAAGAGUCCAGUAUCAUUUCCUACAAGUGCUGAUCAAACUGCGGCAAAGCAAGUGAGCACCACAACAUAAGGGCUUGAGGCUUACAACAUACUGUAUUGAGCAGGCAUAUCCUGGAGAGGAAGCCAUUCUCUGCGCACCCCAACUGCGUGUAUGGAUCAAAUCUGCUGAUUUGUAUGGACGGCUCGUUCAUUAUGUACGUGAUCCACUGGCUACCUGUACACACUGACCACCAGUACUACUGUGCUUUGUCCUUUUACUGGAUAUUGUGUUGAGAUAUCCGGAUAUAUACUUUUGGUUUUAAAAACUAAUUUUAUCUAACAAAGGAUGGUAAUAAUAACUUGGGGGCCUUUCACAAGCAAUAGCAAAUAAAUGACGUCCAGCCUGUGUUAAAGUCUUGCACUAUGGCGGAUUAAAAGGCUCGCCAUCUCAUGUUUUGCUCUGUUCUUCAUACAAUGAGUGGCUGUUAAAGUUCAUCUUCUUAAUGGUGCCUUUAAAAUUAUUUUAUGAAGUGUCGUUGUACUUGGCAUGACAUCAAUUCUA